GCCGAGACAUCAGUCUCGCGAGAUCGCUCGGACACUUACAGAACCGGAAGUACCGUGUAGACCUUUUCCCUUUGGUGGCCAUCGCCGGAGCGGCAGCUGCCAAAAUGAAGUUCAAUCCCUUUGUGACUUCCGAUCGGAGCAAGAACCGGAAAAGGCAUUUCAAUGCCCCUUCCCACAUUCGCCGGAAGAUUAUGUCUUCUCCCCUUUCCAAAGAGCUGAGACAGAAGUACAACGUGCGAUCCAUGCCUAUCCGAAAGGAUGAUGAAGUGCAAGUUGUGCGAGGACACUACAAGGGUCAGCAAAUUGGCAAAGUAGUCCAGGUUUACAGGAAGAAAUACGUCAUCUACAUUGAGCGGGUGCAGCGAGAAAAGGCCAAUGGCACAACUGUCCAUGUGGGCAUUCACCCCAGCAAGGUGGUUAUCACUAGGCUAAAGCUGGACAAAGACCGCAAAAAGAUCCUGGAACGGAAAGCCAAGUCUCGACAAGUAGGAAAGGAGAAGGGCAAAUACAAGGAAGAAACGAUUGAGAAGAUGCAAGAAUAAAAUCAUCUUAUAUAUGCAACUUUCAUUAAAAACUGAAAUGAA